AUGACAUCGAUAAAAACACCAAUAUUCGUGCUAAACAUUAAUUUUAUGAAGAUUUCCUGCUGCCUCUUCUUUUCUACUACAGCUGUAAUUAAAAGGUUGGAAGGACUAGCAAGAAAGAUUGGAUUGGGCUUGGCUGGCUUCACUAUUCUACCCUGGCUGCUCAUUGUGAUCGGAUUUGGAUGGACCACUGUUGGCGACGGUUAUACACUAGUGGGUUCUGCGUGGUUCCCCCAUUGGUUCAUCUCUCUGCUGGGUAUUCCAAUCAUCGUGCUGGGAGCUGUUCAUGCUGUUAUCAGUGCACAAUCUGCAAUUAGGAUCCUCAGGACCAUUACGACAGUGUUCAGUGUUUUAUUCCUUCUCUGUCUUGGGAUGAUCUUAUUCGGUGCAGGAAGCUUCAUUAUUUACCAAUCAACCUAUGGUCAUGCCUUCUAUCAUCCUGUAAACUUGGCGUUUGCAGGAGCACUAAUUGCCACUGUGUCCUGGACUGGUCAGUUGAUGGCAUGGACCUUCUAUGAGGAAGCUAUCAUCAAUAACUAACCAAUACACUAUUUUGUACACUAUUAGCUUUAUUGAGUUAACAUGCUAAGCGUCUAUAAGAGCUAUAGUGUUAGCUGAUUAUUAAAACUCAACAUGCAGUUCAAUUUAGUGAGUUAUUGUUGUUUGUUGCGUACUAUUAUAAUUAUAUAGCUGUCACAAUGAA